AUGACCUGCAACUACGGCAACUACAAGUCAAGCAGCGCCGUGGCUAGGAAGCCGCUGCCCCUGACGAUACUCAUCAUCGGCGGCAACCGCGGUAUCGGCCUGGCGUUUGUGCGACAGUACGUCGCUCUCGGGUUCAACGUCUACACCACCUACCGCAAGUGCUCCGAGUCCGAGGCCCUUGAGCUCUUUGCGUUGGAGGCCAAAAACCCCAACAAUCUCAAGGUCAUGACGCUUGACCUUGCGGACGAGAACUCGAUCAACCAGGCUGCCGAGGACUUUGACGGGAAGCAGCUGGACGUGCUGAUCAACUGCGGUGCCGUCUGCGAGAUCAACCGCCCAGCCCUGGAGACGACAGCCGACGAGCUCAUGUCGCGCUUCCGCAUCAACUGCGUGGGCCCGUUCCUGACGACGAGGGCCUUCCUCCCGCACCUGAAGCGCAGCAAGCUCCCAGGCGGCGACCGCUCGCCGCUCGUGGUCAACAUGACGUCCGAGAUGGCGUCCCUGACCGAAAACCGGCCCGGCACGUGCCUGUCGUACCGCGCCUCCAAGGCCGCGCUCAACAUGACCACGGUGACGCUGGCGCGCGAGCUCGAGGACCAGGGCAUCGCGUGCGUGGCCUUGAGCCCCGGCAGGUGCGUCACCAAGAUGGCAAAGUGGAGGGGCCUCAUGGACCCGGCCGAGAGCGUCGAGGUCAUGGUCGGCGUCAUCGACUCGCUGCGGUUCGACGACAGUGCAAAGUUUCUCAACUUUGAUGGGAGGCCUAUUGCUUGGUGA